AUGUUCAAUUUCCUAAAGGAUUUUUUAUUGGAUAGAUCAUUCCAAGUGAAAAUCAACAAUUAUCUAUCCCCCACCUUUAUUCAACAAAACGGUGUCCCUCAAGGGUCUACUAUAUCAGUUACUCUAUUUCUUAUCGCCAUCAACGAUAUUUGUGAGAAUAUUAAGUUUCCGGUUCAAUCUACACUUUUUGCAGACGAUUUAAAUAUCCUCUGCAGAGGAAAAAACCCAAAUUCCAUCCAAUCAGCCCUACAGGAUACACUUAACUCAUUAUUAAAAUGGUCCACUAAAACCGGCUUCACUUUCUCCGCCACAAAAUCUCGCUGCACGCUCUUUACCAGGCUCAGAAAAUAUAACAAUUUAGAAGUAAAGUUAAACAACAUACCAAUACCAUAUACUAAAAUCAUUAAGAUCCUCGGAAUUACUUUCGACAACAAGAAUACAUGGCAGGCCCACUUAAGAUAUCAGAAAAGCAACUCUAAUAAAAUUGAACAUCAUCAAAUCAUUAGCUCACACCUCGUGGGGAGCAAACGGAACCACUCUUAA